AUGCCCAGUCCUCCAUCUCAUCCAUAUUACCCCUUGGAUGCCGAUGUUGUGGGUUAUCAGCCCAACCAGACCCCGGUGAUGGAGCUUCUCGUCUCUGCUGGUGGGGCCUGUACUGUCCUUCUUGGUGUGACUUUCGCAUUGGCCAGAUAUGUGAAACCCACACUGCGCGUGGCGGAUCGAAUCGCCAUCCUGUGGUUUGUGCUCUCUGGAACUCUGCACUGCUUCUUCGAGGGUUAUUUUAUGAUCCAUCAUGCCCACAUGGCUUCUGCCCAAGAUCUCUUUGGGCAACUAUGGAAAGAAUACGCUCUGUCGGAUUCCCGGUAUAUGACUUCGGACACAUUGGUGUUAUGUAUGGAGACCAUGACCGUGCUCCUGUGGGGACCACUGUGCUUUGUUGUUGCAUACUUGACCGUAAUCGGCCAUUCCCUGCGCCACCCCAUCCAGGUAAUUGUGUGCAUGAGCCAUCUGUACGGCGACAUGCUAUAUUAUGCGACCAGUUUGUUUGACGAGUAUGUCCACGGGCGACCAUAUUCCCGACCGGAGCCGUAUUAUUUUUGGCUAUAUUACUUCCUCAUGAACUUCAUCUGGAUUGUGGUCCCAGCGUACUAUCUCUACCAAAGUAUCUCCACAAUCUCGGCCGCACUUAAACGCCAGUCGGAAAAGGACAAGACUAACUAG